UAACAAGUUAUAUGGCCUUAUUUGCAAGAGCCACUGAACUCAAGGUUAGAAAGAACACGCCAACGCCUAAACUUGCUUCUGUUAACUUUGUCGCGUCUUCACGCGUUUCUGAAGCAUUGGCGGUCUCAGGACACUUGGCGCUGUCAGCACCUUCACAAAUCGUUGGACGUUUUCAAUAUCUCAAGACUUUAUCUCAUCCCAACUUGUGUGAAUAUGUCGAGAUUCACCGAGGAAAAUAUGACCGCUUGUUUGUAGUCUCUGAAUACCACGAUUCUUCACUUCAAAAAGCAAGAAACCUAGAAUCAAAUAAUCCACCACCUAUCAGUGUCUCUGUAUUAAAACAAUGGGGAUUCGAGAUUUUAUCAGCACUCAAGUUUCUUGAGACACACAACAUGAUUCAUGCUUCAUUGUCACCCACCAAUAUCUUAUUGGAUAAAGAGAACCAUAUCCAACUCUUUGGCUAUGGUCUGCAUUACAUGACCCAUGGAGGCAAAGAUGUUGAUUUCCCUAUUGGUUAUCCUGCUUAUUUAGCACCAGAAUGCUUGGACCAAAUAAACGAUACUAUAUACGACAAGCGAGAUGUGUGGGCCAUGGGUAUCAUUCUCAUUGAACAAUAUACACGUCAUUCAUUCUGGACUACCAGUGAUGUAGGAUUGAUGUUUGAGUCAUUAUGGACAUUGAAAGAAUGGGAACAUGAGACAGAUAUCUGGCAUCAUCCAGACAUCAACACACUCGAUAUCAAUCCAUCUGUUCUCAAGCUUUUACAAGAAACACAACAAGACCUAGAGAUAGAAGCGUUUCGUCAAUUUGUGCUCAAGUGUCUACAGGUGUCCAUAGAGAAACGAUGGGACAUAACAAAGGCACUUCAGUCCUCGUUUUUCGCAAGUGGCCUUGUGUCUACAACUGCAACAGAGUGGGUGAAAGGUCCCAUUUUGGCCUCGGAUAGUAUUGAUCUUGAUGCAUUAGAUGCAGUACACGAUGCUGAUCAAAAAGAUAUCCAUGGUCUACUUAAGGAAUUGCCUGCUUUUCAAGUAUACAAUCUAUGGAAGUUAGCGGGUGGUGAUGUCGAGUUAGAUUUAGUCAAACGAGGUGUCUUUCUAUCAACACCUAUCAUUAAACGAUUACCUCGCGUAUGUAUCAUGCCAGAUGGAACUGAGGUGGGCGAUAGAGUAACGGAUACAGCACAAUUGUAUUCGGAUGCAGUCUAUGUAUUGGGAUAUAAAGAGCUCUAUCAGCGCUUAAAAGAAGGAAAAAAGAAAGUAGACAAUGACAAGUUUGAAUGGGAUACAGAUUACUUUAAACUGGUGGAUGAAAAUGAUGUGAAUUUCUUGUUGGACGAGCAAGAAGACACAAGCGAUGCAGACAGCCAUACCAGUAUGGAUGCAGAAAAUGAUAUGGUGUUUGCAGAUGAGACUAUUGUAGCAUCGCCUACAGUUGAAUCGACCAAUAUGCCUACACCUACAACGCCUUCUUCUUCUCGGUCAUUGAAUCGAACUUUGUCUGCCAGUAUGGGAAGAUCUCGAUCUGCUUCUUCACUUUCCAUUAACAGCAAUACAUCUAUCCCUACUCAACAACAACAACAAGUCAACAACAAAUUGCCCUUGUUUUUACGAGAACAAGAUAUCAAUUAUCAAUAUUAUCGACAGACAUUGUUUUCUGAAUUACUUAAACAAUAUCCUGCUUCAAGAAAAGAAAUACUGCAUCAUGCUAAAGUGGAUAUUCCCCCCUUAUUGAGAGGAAAAGUAUGGGCUGCCGUGUUAGGUGUCCGUGGCGAUUUAGACUAUGAAUAUGAUCAGAUCAACAAAUAUAUAGACAUGGGAGCAGAUAGACAAAUUGAUGUGGAUGUACCUCGCUGUCAUCAAUACAAUCAACUGCUAGCAUCGUCCACAGGUCAUGAAAAACUACGAAGACUACUGAAAGCUUGGGUUUCUGCCAACAAAAAUUUGGUUUACUGGCAAGGCUUGGAUUCUCUCUGUGCCCCCUUUUUGACACUCAACUUUAACGAUGAAGCCAUUGCAUUUGCUUGUCUACAGAAAUUCAUUCCCAAAUUCCUCAACAAUUUCUUUUUAUCAGAUAAUGCUCCUGUACUGCAAGAAUAUCUAGCUGUGUUUCGACAUUUAUUGAGUUUCCAUGAUCCUGAACUCUCGAGUCAUUUGGAUACCAUCGGAUUUAUGCCUGACUUAUACGCUAUACCUUGGUUCCUGACUUUAUUUACACAUGUCUUUCCAUUGGACAAGAUCUACCAUUUAUGGGACAAAUUGCUAGUGGGGCCAGCUUCUUUACCUCUUUUUGCAGGGAUUGCCAUUCUAAGACAAAUUCGAGAUACAUUACUUACUUAUGAGUUCAAUGACUGCAUUGUGCUUUUUUCAGAUAGCUUCCCUAAAGUUGAUAUUGAGAAAUGCGUUCAGAGUGCAUUGAAUAUGUGUAAAGUAACACCUCCUAGUAUCUCUACACGCGUACAUGGACCAGUGAAUGAAGCAAGUCAGGACACAGAGCACCUGUCAAACCAAUGGUGGCAAGAACCGAUACCUAUAGAAACAAAAAAGACCGAACUAGCUCCUCGAUUAGGUAUUCAAGACCUCUCAAAGAUUCUUUCUUACUCUCUGGUGUUGGAUAUUCGAUCUGAGUCAGAGUUUGUUAAAGGACAUGUCGUCUCUUCUAUGAAUGUCUUGACGACUCAACUUGCAAGUUAUGCCAAUAUUCUCAAGAAAUUGAAUAGAAAGUAUCAUGUUGUGAUUGCAAACCAAGAAGAAGAAGGGCCUGAAGUAAGCAACGUUAGGCACAUGAAAACCAUUUUUAACAUUGAAUAGUAUGCUGCUGAACUUGUCAGAAAGAAUUUCCCUCGAACGGCUUUAUUACAAGGCGGCAUGGAUGCUUAUGAGGCAAUUCUCGAUAAGUCAAUCCAUCUUUGUCAUUGUCGUCCUCAGAAGCAAACAACAGCAGGUCUCAAGGGCAAAGGAUCUGAACCUCCCUUUGUUAUGUGGCGUUGUAAAGUACCACC